CGUCCGAUCUCCAUCUAGGGUUCGGUUUGCGUUUUGUUUCAUUGGCUUCAUAAGGCCGCCGCCUCCCCUUCGCCUCCCUCGGUCGACGCAUUUGCUUGUGCGAGGGCUGUGGCAGUAGCAGCGGCGAGGCGAGAAACCCUAGACGUGGACGUCGCCAUGUCGCUGGUCGCGAACGAGGAUUUCCAGCACAUUCUCCGUGUGCUCAACACCAAUGUCGAUGGGAAGCAGAAGAUCAUGUUUGCCCUCACGUCUAUCAAGGGUAUCGGCCGCCGGUUCGCCAACAUUGUCUGCAAAAAGGCCGACGUCGAUAUGAACAAAAGAGCUGGUGAACUCUCAGCCGCUGAGCUUGAGAACCUUAUGACUGUUGUGGCCAAUCCGCGCCAGUUCAAGAUCCCAGAUUGGUUUCUAAACAGGAAGAAGGACUACAAAGAUGGCCGAUACUCCCAGGUUGUAUCAAAUGCUUUGGACAUGAAGCUUAGGGAUGACUUGGAACGGCUGAAGAAGAUAAGAAAUCACAGAGGACUUCGACACUACUGGGGCCUUCGAGUUCGCGGUCAGCACACAAAAACUACCGGAAGGAGGGGAAAAACUGUUGGUGUCUCCAAGAAGCGAUGAGCUUGAUCUUAUUUUUCUGUUUCUGCUUGUUUUAGUUUCUAGUGGAUCUCUACUUCCAUGUCAUGAUUGCACGGAGCUUGUAGCUUCAUGCUGUAGACUUAAUGGCGUAUUUGUUUCUCUUGAUGAUUUUGGAUUUUCAGAUUCUGAGCAAUGUUUAUGUUGGUAGCGGAGUUUGAUUGUUCA